AUGUUGGAGAGAAAUUACAGCAGAGUGACUGAAUUCAAACUGAUCGGAUUCCCUGGACUUCAUCCAGAGUACUAUGGUCUGGUUUCAGCGGUUUUAUUCUUUGUGUAUUUGAUGACUGUGAUGGAAAAUGUAGUUGUUUUAGUCCUAUUUGCAACUAACCGAAGCCUCCAUAAGCCAGUGUAUUAUAUAUUUUUAAAUGUAUCAGUUUGUGACCUUCUCUUCAGCACAACAACUUUACCUAAAAUCAUCACCAGAUACUGGUUUAAAUCAGGAACUAUUUCAUUCACUGGUUGUUUUGUCCAAAUGUUUUUUGUUCACUAUCUUGGCUCAGUAAACUCUUUUAUAUUUUUUCUCAUGGCAUUUGACAGGUAUUGUGCUGUCUGCCAUCCUCUCAAAUACACAAGUAUUCUUAAAAAUGUCAAUGUCCACAUUCUCAGUUUGACUGCAUGGAUAAUUGCCACUGUAUCUCCUAUAUUUUUAGUUAUUAGAGCAUACCCUCUUCCUUAUUGUGGCUCAAAUGUGAUCAAUCAGUGUUUUUGUGAUCAUAUUGUUAUAACAGUUCUGGCCUGCACUGACAGAACCCCAUAUGCUGUACCAGCUUUAAUCAGUGCAAUGAUUAUUCUCCUUGUACCUCUAGCAUUCAUAGUUUUCUCUUAUUGCUCCAUACUUAUUGAGGUUAGCAAAGUAGCAGGUAUCAAAAAUUGUCUAAAAUCAUUGUCAACAUGUAGUACUCAGCUGAUAAUAAUCUCACUAUAUUAUUUACCCAGAUGUUUUGUAUAUUUAGCCAGUAAUGCUGGGAUUAGUUUUAGUACUGAUGUGCGAAUUGUAAUUAUAAUGCUUUAUAGCCUUGGUCCUCCGAUGGUUAAUCCACUAAUUUACUGUCUGAGAGCUAAAGACAUAAGAAAUUGUUUAUGGAAGCAGUUUUACAAACUUGUGCCCCCAAAUGCAAAAGUUUCGGCACCGAGAACCUGUUAA